GGAUAAGCGGCGUCGUUGUUUAGCGUCGGGUCUCAACUCAACUCAACGUCGCGCAAUUGGCGUCAUAUCCAUGCUGCCGCCCAUAGACGGACGCUAAAGGUCACGUGCAUUGGGUUGCGACAUGACAUGGGGUGGUCUUUCCUCGACAAACGAGAAAGCAAACGCGACUUCUUCAUCACAGUUGAAACAAUUCUAUAACUGCUGCUUCUAGCGUCGAUAUCCAAAUCAAACCGACCCGGUCAUGUCGGCGCGGCAGGGUUCUCUGCCUCUGGUCCGCGCAUCGGCGCCGGACGAGGCGCGUCCCGCCGCGCCUGAGGCCCCCAGUGGCCAAUAUCAGCCAGCGGCGCUGCCUGUGAACGCAGCGUCAGCGGAUCAGGCCGUCGGGGCGGCAGAAGAUAAACACCACGACGACCAUGUCUCGAUUGCCUCGUCUGAGGACCCGGACCUUGGGCCCGAUCACAUGUACGAGGUCGAGGCGCUUCAUGCAGAGAAGAUCCUUCGCGAUGGCAGCAAGAAGUAUCUCAUCGAGUGGACAAACUAUGCCUUCAAGGACUGGUCGUGGGAGCCGGCCGAGGCAAUCAACGACGUUUUGAGAGACGAAUGGGAGCGGACCAAGCAUGAGAUUGCGGCUGGACUGAAGCCACCACAGCAUGAAGUCAUCGCCAAAUGGAGGCAAGCAAAAGCCUCCGAGAUUGAGCGAAGGGAAAGAAAAAACGCUGAGCGGGUGCGCCUGAACUUGGAGCCCAUCUACUACCCAGACUUUCCCACUUCGGACAGCGAAAUGUCUGAUGAGAGCGAGGCCGGGGCUUCGGUCGAGGCGCUGACCGAGACCCCGACUGAGGCUGCUGAGCCUCCCCGCAGCUCCGUAUCGGGCUCGGGUGGCGGUGCGAACGCGCAAACUAUCGACAAGCCGAAGGAUAGUCUACCGCAUCAAGCGAAGCCUCCCGCCACGCCCCGUGGGAAGCAACGCAUUUUCACGGGUCUUCCAGCAGCCGCACCAGCAGCCGCAAAGGCCACCGUGCCCAAAAGCACAGUCAGCUCAUCUUCGGUGGACUCGGCAGCGCGUGGCAAAGUAGCGGUUGAGGCGGGGGUCAGGUCGGCCACGGGCUAUCAAGGGACUGCAAGGCCUCUUGGUUCCAAGACAGAUGCCCUCUCCAAGUCACUCGCAUCCCAGCGACCGGCGGCGGCUGCCAAGACCGCCGCCAGCCGGACAGCCCGCAAAAGCGCGCCGCCAAUACGAAACGUAUUCAUUGAUGGCAAGAAACGAAAGCCGCGCCGGAAGAGCUCGACUGAAAUCCCGGCAAAUCCUGCCUUGGAAACGUCGCCAACUAGCACCAGCGGCGCCAAGUUUUGGAACCUCUCCACCAAGAGAAAGAUACAGCUAAGAGGGCGAGACCUAGAGAAUGCGGAUCCCGGCUUGUCGCUGCAGAAUGUGGUUUUUGCUUCGCACGUGGACCCUGCUGUCCUUCGUGCUAGUGCCUUGGCUGAGGCGACCACGCCGGGCAACAUCAGGCCUGCCCAAGAAGGGCACGCGGGCGAGCCCAACGCAUCCGAGGGGGCUACAGCGGGAAACAGCCCAAGUGUCGUCGCAGCGAAGCGGCAGGCAGAUCCGGCUGCAGCAGGGAACAGCGUUAGCGCCCCCACAGAGAAGCGACAGGCAGAGUCGGCUGCAGCUCCAGACGCACCACGGGCCAAGAAGCGCAAGUCGGUACACUUCGCCGAUACUCAGAGCCCCAAGGCUGUGUCGACCGCCGUCAUGGAUAUCGAUGACCCCGUUGCUCCCAAUGUGGAUGACAACAAUGAUAACAAUAGCGUCGACGAUGGUAUCCCAAUGGUCCUCGACAGCCCUGUGAUUGCCGAAUCGCCCUCCGAACAACACACCGUCCGAAAGUGGACAUUGUCUGAGUAUCAGGCGGCGCGGGUCUCGACGCGAGAUGUCAUGAAAAAGGCUGUGUUUGGGGCAGGAUCCAGCACCAGCCUGGAAGUCUGUUUCAAGGGCAUUCCAAACGAGAGACCCUGGCUCCCAGACUUCCUCGCGGAGGAGUCAGUACACUUCAGCCACACCUGCCUUGCCGACACUUUUCUUGCCCGCCAAACCAUGCGCUCGCCUCUAGAGCCCCAUUGGCAUGGUAACUUGACCAGCCCCGUCGAGCAGGGUGAAGAGGCGCUGUCAAACGUUGCCGAGCGGCUCAAGGCCACUGGGUCAGGAAUAAUCUUUGCCAGACCGUGCUACAACAUUUUGGCCUACCCGUCCAAACUAGACGACUGGGCGUUCCCGGAGCUGCAGGGCGCGGCCAGCUCGACCCUGAGUGAGGAGAAUAGCGCGCUGAGGUACCACAUAUUCAUCCCGCACGUCGAAAUCCCCGCGUUCUUGAACUGGAAACUGCAGCCGCAGCCGAUUGGCGGUUCUGACCGCCAUCAGGCUAUGGAUACCGUCUUCGGAAUGAACCAGUCGCUUUACAACAGCCUCGUUGCGCCCAAGCCCGAGGGCGCUGCGACCCAUAAGCAUCUCUUCUAUAUGCUUUUCCCCCCGUCCAAGGUGCCUUACUUCCUCCAGCUCAUGCUCUGGAUUCGGGAUUGCAAUCCCGAUGCGCAAGUAUUCGUGCCCAUGAAGGAUGGGAGCUGGAGGGCUUUCCUCCAGCUGGCUAGCAGGAACCAAGACUCGGCGGUUCUCAUAGUGCACGAAUCGUCCAUGUCGAUGCUGAGGCAGGUUCCGUCACUAGCCAGCUUUCUGGGUAACGGCCGCGAUCAUCUCGUCUGGUUCUGGCCGGACAAGGGUAGCGCAUCGCCGGCCCUGAUACCGUCGGUUCCAGAACUUCCCGGUGAGGCGUCAAAAGGGCGCUUCGAUAUCCAGCCCGUGCGUCUUUUCCCACACAAUCACGUCUUCCUCCUGACACCAAGCUUCUACAUCGCGGAGCCAGACCACGCCCUUGAUCUCGUGCUCGCGCUGCCGUUGAGCAACAACAGCCGCCAUGGGGCCCGGAAACUUCUCAUGGUGCCCAAGGACAUCGUCCCAUUUCUGGAUCAUGUCUCGGCUCACCACGUCAAGGAUGACAAGACCACGGUCAGGCACGAACUGGCAUUGGCGAUGCUGGAUAUGAUCGGGCCUCGCUUGACAGUUAUACCUGACCAGUCUUACGCGACUCCAGUCCUCUUUGUCGAUGAGGAAAUUGAUGCCCGCGACGAGCAGAGCCUUGUCAACUGGUUUGGUGCAUGGUCUAUCGCACACUCGGAUCAGUACCGCAGGUUCCACGUCGCCGGGACGACUUCAAAGUCCCCAGCCGAGUGCCCGAUGUGGAUGCCGCGGUAUGAGCCGGGUACCACGAACGACCCGGAUGCUCUCCGGAGGGUGCAGCAGGAAGAAACCCAAAGGGCCAAGCAGGCUGUGUCACAGCAACUGCCACAGCCAGCUCCUGUGGUUCAUAUGGCGCCUCCCGCAGCCAGGGCGCCCAUCAGGCCCGGCAGAUUUCAAAGUCGAAUCCUUAAGUUCGAUGAUUUUGAUUCUCUGCACAACCAUCUCUUUUCUCUGCAUCGCCCAGUCCACAGGAACCCUGGUUUCUGGAGGCUCUAUGGAUACCCGGUAAUGUACACAGAGGGAGAUGUGUACAAGCCUGGACAUGUGCUGAACCAUGGAACAUUCGAAGCCUGGUGGAAUUACACGUGGCCCUUCAGCAAGAAGUACCAUCUUUACGCAAGCUUUUUCUACACCGAGGACGACGCGUGGGACCCGGAUGCAGAGUCUUCGGGACUGUAUGCGCCCCGUCAGCCCUGGCUUGUCUUCCUCCGGUCAAAAUGCCGGGAACAGACGGAGCUGCUCAUCGUCGAUCCCGCAGCCCACCAUCGGCUCAGCGGGGUCGCGCGGCCUUUGUUAACCGACCUGACCACUGCGCAACAGAAGCUUGUGAAGCUUGUAGUCGAAACCUCGAAGAGGAAGUUCUGCAAGGACUACAAUGCUCCUCAGACUCUUCAGCAAGUGUGGUUGGGCGACAUUCCGAAUGACACAGGCUCCGACUUUGAUGCGUGCCUAAACUUUGUCGAGUUCGUCAUCGACAAUUGGGAUACGGCGCUCCCGGCGGGAGACGAGAUGCUGGAUCAUGGGUUCAAGCCCGUCAAUGUCCCAGAGCUCGAGCCGCUACCAGACCUGGUCCCUCCGGAUUCGGGCCCGAAAGAUGGCGGCAAAUACUCCGUGGUGUUUCACCCACCCGCGGCCCACAAGCCGCCACUGGGCGCGUCCCUGUGCAAGAAUCACAUGGUUGAGGUCGCACAGCGGGAGGAGAUGCACGGUAGGAGCGCCGCCUGGGUCAAGUACAAAUACAGGCCGACGACGGCGUGGUACGCUGACCAGCGGGCCGAGGGCCGGGACUUUACGCAUAUCAAUGUCGCUGGUUGGGAUACCAUCUCCAAGAUGUCGCUCCCCACCCGGAAGCCGACUGGCUGCCAACAAGACGAGAGCUCAAGGCCGAGCACUCGCGAGUGACAAGAACCUGACUGGACGGAUCCCUGGAGGGGAGGCAGAUCGAGAUGGGAUGGGUAAAGCGGCCACCCCAAAUACCGGCACGUCUUGGUUCAGUCGAGUGUUGCCGGACCCAACCACAGACAUCGGUGGGCUGUGUGUAAGACUAGUGUAUCUGGGCAGUCUGGGCCGGGGCAGCUAGCCACAUGUCACGAGCUGCCCUCCUUUAAUAUUGCUUAUAUCUGGAGCUCGGCAUCAUUAAGAGUCGGUGUGGGCAACCGACACUAAGAAAGCACAAAGUCACUUGAUCUCGGCGCCAGGUGCCCCUUAGGGGUAUGUAUAUAAUUCGCUCUCGGAAACACAGCCCGGAUCAUUCGUUGCGUUUUUUUUUUCUUGUAUCUUGUUGUCAGACCUAGAAAGCGCGGAGCUGGGUAGGCAAGAAAGUUCCGCCAAGAGGGAGAAACGCGAUGAAUUUGAACUUUUCACAUCGGAA